AUGCCCAAAGACUACCAGAUGGUCUACAGAGGGACAAAAAAUGAUGUCAAAGAGAUCCCAAAGAUUGCAAAGCCCUUCAUUUCUGAGAUGAUCUUUGUGCAAACCAGCAUCACUGCUAUAAGGAAAGGUGCCUUCAGGUACAUGCCCAACCUGACCAAGAUUUUAUUUAUUGGCAACAAGAUCAAGACAAUUGAACCUGGAGCCUUUGAUAAUUUGGAUAAGCUGAGGGACUUGGACAUCUCUGGUGCCUCGUUAGAAGAACUAGCUGUGGGCACUUUCCAAAACCUCCCAAGCUUGCAGAGGCUGGAGCUGAGAGACAGCCACCUCAGAUACAUCCCUAAAGGCCUGUUUGAUGGGCUGGAAAAUUUGGGAGAGCUCUCCCUGCACAUCAAUGCAAUCCCAUCUCUCCCAGAAGGCAUUUUUGAUUCUCUUAUCAAUCUAACAUUUUUGGACCUGGCUAGAAAUAGGAUCACUACUCUUCCUGGGGAUGCCUUUAGCAAACUCCCCCGGCUGCAAGUCCUCCGGCUGUAUGAGAAUGAGUUGCAGGAACUCCCAGAGGGGCUGCUAGACAGUCAGCUGGGGCUGCUGGAGCUCAGCCUUCAGAGGAACAGGCUCAGGGCACUGCCACCCGUGCUCCUGAGGAGCCUGACUCACCUGGAGAAACUCCUUUUGGACAACAACCUCAUCAGGGUUCUCCCACCUCAGGGCUUUUUUGGUUUAAACAAAUUGAAGCUGCUGACUUUGGGUUCAAACUGCAUUACAGAGCUCCCUUGCUGCCUUUUUGACACCAUGCCACACCUGUGGGAGCUGGACCUGGGCAAGAACAGUUUGGCCACACUUCCAGAUGGCAUCUUUGUCAACCUCACAUCUCUUGGCAAACUCAUUUUGUCCCACAACCAGCUGGCAGCCCUGCCAAGAGGAGCCUUCACUGGGCUCAGCAAGCUCUUGGAGCUCCAGCUGGACACAAAUCAGCUCUCUGCUCUGGAUGAUGAGAUCUUUGUUUCUCUCCCAAAUCUAAAAACCCUCAACCUCCGCAAUAAUCAGCUGGACAGUGUCCCCCAAGGUCUCCUGGACCCCCUGAAGAAGCUCAGCUCUGUGUAUCUGAGUGGGAACCCAUGGAGAUGUGACUGCAACCUCUGCUACCUGCACAGCUGGAUCCUGGGCAACAUGCCAACCACGCUGUCAUUGGCAGACUUUCCCAUCAUGGCACUGCCAACCACGCUGUCACCCAUGGCCCCCUCUGCCAUGUCACCAACCAUGCCAACGGAGGACUUCUCCACUCCAUCAUCAACCAUGCCAUCUAAGGCCUUUCUCACUACCCCAUCCUCAGCUGUACUGCCAAAGGCCUUCGUCACCACCCCAUCACCAAAUGUGCUGCCCAAGAUCUCCACCACCACACCAUUAUCAGCCAUGCCGCCAGAAGCCUCCAUCACCAUCCUGUCACCAACUGUGCUGC